UUUGCAUUUGCGGGUCGGCCUCUCCUGGGACUUCUUGGGCUUUUUCUUUGCAUUCAUUGAAGCAAUCCAUGGACACUGGACUGAGCCCUCCCAGGUCUUGCGCCCGUGGGAAGAGGAAGAAGGUAGCCCAGGCAUCAAAGCAGAAGCGUCCCAAAGUCUGCAGCACCGACCCGGCCCUCCACCACUGUGACAUCCGUGGGAAGGGCUUCAAGCGCCUGUCGCGCUUCCGGGAGCACCUGCGGAUCCACACGGGCGAGCGGCCCCACCAGUACAAGCGGUGUGCCAAGACCUUUGCCCGCUGUGCCGAUUUCACCAAGCACUGCCUGGUGCGCUUGGCCCCGCACCCCCACCACUGCGGGGCAUGCAGGAAGCGCUUCGAGCUGGCAAGCUCGGCCGAGGCGCCCUUCACCUGCCACCUCUGCCCCCGGAGCUUCCAGCGGCCAACCUGCCUGGUCAUGCACCUGCGGGUCCACGCACAGGAGGAGCCCUUCGCCUGCGCCCCUGCCCUUGCGCUUCAGGUGGGAGGCCUCGGCCACGGAGCACGAGGGCCCCCACCGCUGCAACCGAUGCCCCAAGGCCCUCACGCCCCGCUCCUCCUCCGUGCAGCACCGGCGCCUUUGGCUGCCCGCGCCUGCCCGCUGCCCUCCAACCACAGGUCCAGCCUCCGCAGGCCCCCAUGGGCUCUGCACCCAGCGGGCUCGAGCGAGCGACGCGCCGGACGCACCCAGCAGGCCUCCGCGGGGUCCCCGGCCUCACCGUGA